CUCUGUUUUCCAGUUUGUUUGCCCGGUGAGCAAACCAGCCUCCCAACGGUUGGACAGUUCGGCGCGCCGACCAGUACAGGAUCACCGCCGGAACGUUGCGGAAGUGGGUGCGUUGUAGGUCGAUUGUUCCGUUGAAAAAUUGCCAAGGAAAAAGGAGUCGCGAAAUUUCCCGUUAUCGUCUUUGUCGUGCCGUCGUGUGACUUCGGACGAUUGUUAGUUCGUGCGUGCGUGCGUGCGUGUGUCACAAGAAUUGGCGCGAAACUUUCUACACACGUGUGUGUCGUUCUUUCCCCUUUUUUUGGGAUACAAAUAAAUAAAAAAACACGAAGGAAAAGCUCUGCGAAUCUUUCUACUCGAUAAACGAUCGUCCCGGGGAUGAAGUUUCGCCAAUCGGAAGGAUUAUUGUGUUUCCGUUGUACGGGCACCAGUGCUCCUCAAUAAGGAGUGUGUGAGUGUGAAGUUGUGUUUCUGUCCGUGUGUGACACCGGGUAAAGGAAAGGCUUAACCGGAAGCUGAAGAAGACGAAGAACAAGCACAAGAUCGCGUGAGGGAAAACCAAAAGGAGAAACAUUGUCAUUUUCCGGCUGACUGCACUAAAGGAAAAUUGCUCGGAACCCUCCCCCCUGCCCCGCCCUGCUCACCGUAGUGGAUUUAGUGGACGACUUUCCGCGAAGGACAUCCCCGAACGGAGAAUAUUUCCCAGGAUUACCCCGACGACAACAACACCAACAAUGACUCCAUUACGAACGCUGCUGCUGCGGAGGUUACCGGCCAUUCUGCUGCUGCUCCUCGCCCUCACCGAAUCAACGCUGGCCCGCAGCUACGAAAAGGAAGGCUACCACCGGAAGGGCAAAUCGGCGCAAAUUUCCGCCCCCCAGCCGACCAUCACGACCCCCCUGAUGGACCUCUGCUCGGAAGACAUCAACAUGAAGCUGGCCUGCCACUGCUCGCCCGAAGCCCACGCCAAAGCCCAGAAGGCGUCCUGCUCGAUCUUCGACGGCGAACUGCCCCGCAAGGACGCCAACUGGCUCGCCUUCCACACCCAAACCAGCCUCGAGCAUCUCAAGUUCACGAUCCGCAAGUCCGGCAACCUCACCUACAUCCCCUCGGACGUCAUCUUCACGCUGAAGAAGCUCCGCGUCCUUACCAUCGAGUACGGCAUCAUCGGGGACAUUUACCCGCACGCCUUCGGCAACCUCACCGAACUGCGCCAGUGCAACCUCCCGAACAACCAGAUCCGUACCCUACAUCCGAACGCCUUCGCCAACCACCCAUCGCUGGAGCAAAUCACGCUGGAAAACAACGACAUCCGCAAGAUCGACCGGGAAGCGUUCAUGAAUCUGCCCCAGCUGGUGCGGCUCAACCUGGCCAACAACAGCAUCGCCGAGCUGCACGACAACGGGUUCGUCGAGCUGACGAAGCUGGAGGAGCUGCGGCUGGAGAUGAACUUGAUCUCGGUGCUUGCGAAGGAGUACUUCAAGGGGCUGGAGAAUUUGAAGUCGCUGAAGCUGUCGUACAACGAUGUGAAUUACGUUGGUGCGACCGUGUUUGCUGAUUUGUGGAGUUUGCAGAUGCUGUUCCUGGACAGCAAUAAGAUUGAGAAACUGGACGAGCGCGCCUUCGACGGGCUCAACAACCUGCGCCACCUGCACCUGGAGAACAACCGCCUCGUUACGCUGGAGAGCGGCACCUUUACCAGCGUGUCGGCCCUGGCCGUGCUCAACCUGGACGGCAACUACCUGGAGACGCUCAGCUACAACCACAUCGUGCCGCUGAUGGACAACCUCGUCAACGCCAGCUCGCUGCUCUCCGUUCGCGACAACCGCUUCGUGUGCGACUGCCGGCUGGCCUGGGUGUACGACCUGAGCAACCGCACCCGCAACGAGGACCUGAAGGAGAAGCUGCACGCGAUCGAGUGCACGCUCGGCAAAUCCCCAUCGGACAACGCACUCGCCAGUCAGGACAGUUCGGCGGCGGCGGCGUCCGCUUCAUCGUCCUUCUUCCAGGACGGCGAGCUGGACGACGAGGGCGAUUACAUCGAGGACGCCGCCCAGGACAACGAGUCCACCGUCGAGGAGAAGCCCGAGAUCGUGAACCUGUUCCGGCUGGGCAAGGAGCACCUGCCCUGUCCGGAGGAGCUGGUUGGACCCACCGACGGACCGAACCCGCGCGAAUCCAAGGGCCUGCUCGAUCUGCACUGGGGCCACUCGGGCGUGAGUGCGGUUCGGCCUGGCGGUGGCAGCAGUAAUGCGCUGUUUGGGCUGUGCGUCGCGGCGGCCUCCAGCCUGGUCGUGGGCACCGUGAUGAUCUCCGCCAGGGUUCGGUGGUAAAGGUAGACACACUGACACACAAACAGACACACACACACAUACUUUCGCUAACUUAUUUUCCGCUGUGUAUGUAUUAGAUGUAAGAGGAAAAAGACAAAGAUUGACUCAUACUCACCAGCUCACUCACAAUCACAACAAUCAUACACAUUCACGAGAGAGAUCAUUAAACAAAACACACUCAAAUAAGAUGAAUUUAAGAAAAUAAAAAGGACUGUGUGCGCUACCAAAAAAAAAAAAAAAAAAAUGACGGAAAAAUGUGUAAAUGGUCCCCCGAUCCCCCUCUGCAAAAGACACGCAUACCAAAUCAUGCACACAUGGGCAUUUUAGUUAAAUGUUAUGAUGAUAUUGAGGAAACAGCAUUGAUGGAAAAAAUGAUUGCAAGAAUUCUCCCAACUUACAAACUCAAUUUUAGAUAAUGUUCGUUUUCGAUGACAACUAAUUUAAAUGAAGAAAUUAAAUUAAAUUUAUUCAAAGAAAGUGACCAACCGCUUGGAAUUGAAAAAAAUUCUAAAGUUACUGUUCAAAUCUGGAGACUGUGAUUUUAGCGAUUUGCAGUCUGGAAUUCGACAUGGUUUGCGAUGACUGUCCAAGUUCAAGUUGCCGCUCCCAUUUCCAUCGCACACCAGCGGCAAGGAUAGGGAAAUUGGAAAGUGAGAAUUGGGUACUAAAGCCCUAUGUAAAUUUGUAUGUACAACGGCAAAAAGCAUGAAUAAAAACAAUUUCUGAUCAUUUUUAUUUUCAUUUUUAUGCAAUUUUUUGGUCAUGACAGCACUUUAUCGAUAGAUCAACUAUGGUCCGCUUGGUACGACCUUUUCCUUUUCUGUCAAGAAGAGCCGAGAAGUUUAAAAAAAUGAAUUAAAAAUCCAUUUUAAAUCUUUUGCGGUCGUUCAAAGGGUCAUUGUACUCGUAAAAAUAAACUUUUUUGUUGGGAACAAUAAUAAUAAAAAAUUAAAGCUUAAAUUAAGGACCCAAUUGUUGAUGCUCCACUUUUUCAACAGGACAAGGGAAAAUCUCCACGGAAUCCUCAAAUAAGUUUCGCUUGGAUUUGGACGAGUUUUGGGAAGGUGAAUUGUCUAUGAGGCCCCUAGGCGAAUGGUUCCCCUUUCUAAUUUACCAAUAUUGAAUUUUUCUUCUCAUCCCUUAUUCGGUGAAUUCUAGUUGCCCAAGCUAUUUUAAAUGAAGUAACAUGAGAGAAUUAGCUGUGGUGAGUUUUCAAUCUUUAAAUUAUUACCGUUAAAAAUUGCUGUUUUUUGUCAGUACAAUGUGUUGUACAAUCUAACAAAAAUUAUAGUAAAAUUACAUAAAAAAAGAGUAAAUAUUCAACCAUAUUUUUUUUCAAGCUUCUAAAAUUCUAUUUUAUUUCUGUGUGCUCGAACCAAUGCUUGAAAAGGGAUCUAUCACUGAAUGGGACUGCUCGAUAUUCGAUAGAACUUUCUGUCAGCGAUCGUUUCCCAAAACGAUAUUUGAUCGCUGACACACAACGCCUAUCAUGACCGUUAUUGCUUGGCGACGAUCGAUUGAUCGUAAGCACGAUGACGAAACGAACGAAAAAUGAGCACCACUCAAGCAGCCGCCCGAACGAGACAACGUGCUCUUUCUCUUUCUCUCGUUUUUGUCUCUCUCUUCCAAGUGUAUGCUGCGUGGUGACAGAAAUCAUAUGAUUGCUAUCAUUGGAGAGAUGAUCGGAAUCUCGGUAGAAUGUCAAACGACCGCUCCCCAAGCGAUUUUUCUCCUGUAGGGAAGUCAAUGAUUGUGUGAGUGGCUUUGCGUAGCACUCAUUCCUUUGUAUGUGAAACGAACAAAAGUAGAAUGUAAAAAUUAGGUUGUCGUGGUGAAGACGAUUGGAGUGUUCUGUCAGCUAUCACGAACAAAGUCGAAAUUUCGCAAGCCCUGGCUCGAACAAACUGGGCACUGAUCGCAAAAUGUUUGUAUUGAUUUCCACUUAUUUUGAGUUUUCAAGUGCAAAAUACAAAAAUGAUUACACUUAAACUGUACUUUCCAUUGUUAAAAGAUUCUAAAUCUGCACUAGGGCGUCCAAUUUUCCCGGGUUUUGAAUUUCCCGGGAAACGGGAAAAAUAUUUUUGAAAUCCCGGGAAAUUUUUGAAACAGUCAUAAACUCCAUGUUUUCAUUAUAUUGAUAUUGUUUUCAAGCCUAAAAUCAUAGAAUUAGCUCAAAAAUAUUGAUUGAUAAUAAUUUAAACUUCAAUCGAAACAAGGACAGAAAUUUUUGGGUAGUUUAAAAGAUUUUUUUUAUCUGUGUUGUGCUUUGGUUUAUUAAUUAACCACAAUUUUAAAUACCGUGAUUAGGGGUGACAUUGGGUUUAGGAAGUGAGAUUGGGUCAUACAAACUUCAGCUUUUUUGUAUGACCCAAUCUCACACCAGACCCAAUGUCACUCCUGAUGACGGUACAUUGUGAUUCAAAUUGAAUAUGUUUUUUUAAAUAUAUUCCUUUUAUUAAAUUUCUUUGAAAAUGUAAUAAAACACUAGAAGCAGAAACAAAUAAUAUAAUACCAGUCAAUGCAAAUUUUAAAUAGGAUUUGAAUUUCAUGUUUUACAUAAAACAUAUUAAAAAAAAAAUAUCUUUGAGUUACUUCUGCCAGCUGGGGAAAAUCGACACUACACUCUGAACAGUUACAGGAGAUUUCAGAGCAAUCAAUUUGGAAAUCGGUGUACUGAUUGUUCUGUUCCUGUUUUAAUGAAGUCAAUCAAAACAAUAUGGAAAAAAAUUGCAUCAACAGCUCCCUUAAUUCGAUGAAAAAUAAUUUUAUAUGAUUUUUAUUAAAUACCUAAAUAUAAUACCCACGCUUUUGGAAAUAUAUAUAAGAUUAAAUAGAAAAUAUUUAAAGCGCUAAGCAUUAUGCAAACUAAAAUUUUAGCAAUUUUCCCUAAUAAGCCAAAUGAAUGCCGAAUAAAAAUUUAAUUGCUUUAAAAUUCUUAUGGAUUACUAAGUAAUUAACUUGUUAUGUGUUUACACAACCAAACCUGAAUUUCAAGAAUAAAAUUUGAUUUUUUUCAAUUUCUCCGAAUUCCCGGGACAAAUUAUUAUAAAUCCCGGGAUUCGGGAAUUCCCGUUUUUAGAAAAAUCCCGGGAUUUUUGUCCCGGGAUGGACGCACUAUGCAAUACCAAUAAACGCUAAAUUUUGCGAAUAUUUUCACGAACACAUGCUCAAAAAAUCACAAAAAUUUUCAUCAAUUGCCAAAUUAUUGACGUGAAAUGUAGUCCAGAUUUUAACCGCUCUUAGUUUUAAAGUAAUUUUUUUAUAAUUUUCAGUACAUAUUUUGAUUUAUUUUUAUUUUUCAUAAUUUGUUAUUGAAUUUUUUUUUGCCUUUGCUUUUGGUGGUGGAUUCUUCAUCGCUGUGGUGAGUUUCCUAAUAUUCAAAUUGACCGUUAAAAUGCAGAUUGAUGGAAUUUUAAAGAAAUGUACAUCUGUUUGUCUGUGAUUAAGGUUUAGAUGGUAAAAUACGCAAAUUUCAUACGAUAACAUUUUUUUUCUGAAAAAAAAAAGUUGAAACUGAACAAAUUGAAUUUAAAAAGGUGCAUAAUCAAUUUUGACUAGGGUGAAUUCGGACUUGCAGCAGAGAUGCCACAUAAUUUUUAAAAAUUUCUGUAAAAAUCUGGGUAUGACUGUGUAGUUGUCUAAUAUUCAAAUAUACCUAUUUAAAGUCAUGGAAGUCCAUCAGAAAUUGCGUUUUUAAGCAUUUGAAGACUAACGAAAUGAGUUUCGAUUGAUUUUUUUUUCCAAUAUUUUAGUUUGUUAAUGUUUUUUUUUUUUGCAGUCUGAAGAGGGAGUGUCAUGUUUGGGCAACUUGUAAAGAAUUCUUUGUGUAGAAAAAUCAUAUCAAAUAAUUUCAAAUCUGAUUUAAACCAAAAUAUUAAUAAAAAAUAUUUUGAUUAAUUCAUCAACAAUAUGAAUUUUAACAGGUUUUCUGAUCCAUUUUGAGUAAAUGAUUGGUUUUGAAGGAGACUCAUGAGAAAUAAUUGGCAACCCAAAAACUGUAAUUUCAACCUUCAAGUUAAAUGAUUAUUUUCUGUUGAACAUAAAUUUCAAAAUGUGUGAAAUAUCUAUUUAACUGUUUAUAUUUUUACUUUAAAAAAACUUUUCAGGGAAAAUAGCAAUUUAUUUAUCACAAAAGACAGUCAAGCAUAGUUACAAAAUUAAAAUUGAUGAAAUUUUAUGUAUUUUAAAUAUUAUUUUACUGUAAGGCCGUUGCAAAUAUUUUUCAAAGUUUAUGUCGCCCCCCCUUCAAAGUUGGUCUGAAUAAUCAGGGGGCAAAAAAAAUUUUUUUUCGAAAAACUUCAAAAUUUUAAUGAAAAUUAAAGCUGAACAAACUGAAAACCAGUUAAAAUGCAUUUUAGCGCGUUUAUAAUCAUAUUCAGAAUGUUUGAACUCCUUUGAAAACAUUUUAAAUUUGCAUGAAAUACAAAUGUACAGUCCCACGAAAAGUUUUUUUUUUU